AAAUCUUCUCACACAUUCUCAUUCAAGCAGUACCACUUACCAUUCAAAGUUCUUCAUUGAUCCCUCAAUUCAAUCCAAUUUAGACAUGGGAUUUCGUUUACCGUCGAUUCUCUUUAGUGCCAAGCAAAUUCUCAAAGCACAGUCCAUUUCUGGGAGAUGUCAAUCCAGUGUUCCUAAAGGUCACAUCGCAGUAUACGUGGGGGAAGUUCAGAAGACGCGGUUUUUGGUUCCGAUAUCUUACUUGAACCAUCCUUCAUUUUUAGACUUGCUAAGGAGGGCUGAAGAAGAGUUUGGAUUCAACCACCCAACAGGAGGUUUGACCAUUCCCUGCAAAGAAGAAGCGUUCAUUGAUGUCACUUCUAGAUUGCACACUUCAUGAAAGUUGACAACAAAGAGCAAUCCUGCUUGCAGUUUUGACCAUUAUUUUUUUAAUUUUUUUCAGUCGGAGAUAAGUUAAAUGUUACUAUGAAGUAAAAUUUGUAUAUAUAGAUGCAAUUAGAAAUGAAAAGGUGGUAGAAUUACAAAGCCACUUGAACAUCAAUAAAAAGUUAUAAA